AUGUCCAGCUCAACAUCAAAGCACCACAACGAUGAGUCAGAGACAGAUCUCCAGCAAGCCCGUUUGCAAUCCGUAAACACCUGCCAGAACGUGGGAUGGCGUUCGUGGAAGAUCAAAAAGAGAGCUCUCAUUCCCCUUUUUACGACGACAUGUCUCUUAACCGGAGGUUUGGUCACCAUACUUGUACUAUCAACCAUCUGGCAUGGCCUGAUAGUAGUUCAGGACCGGUCCAGCCGCUUCGCACAGAUAAACUGGAAAGUCAGCUACGCCUGGACACUAUUGCCGGCGUUUGUGUUCCAGAUAUACGGACUAUGCUUUGCAUCUGUGGUCAACGCCUACGGAGCACGGCAGCCUUUCGUUGAGCUCGCCCGCACAGAUGGUGCACCAGCCAGCAAAAGCAUUGCACUCGAUUACCUGUCCCUUUUCCCCGGCCAAAGAGAAGUGAAGGCCGGACGCCGGAGACAUUGGUUCUUGUUACUUGCUUUCACGCUCGCCGAUAUCUUUCGCAUUGCGCUGGGACCACUGGCCACACAUAUGAUGUCGUUAAGACCAUACACCAACACGCAAAGGAAUUAUACUGCCGCUAUCCAUAAUACAAGCUUCAAUGCUAAUCCACCGAUGGACGAAUCUUUGUCAUGGGAUCUUUUUUCUGUCAUCGGGGCUGUAGCUGGAUCACUCAUUUAUGGUGCGAGCUCGGCUGCUGAUACCAACGGGACGCAUGCUUUCCUCAGCUUCUCCAGACCGACGGUCGAUCGAUUUGCAACGCGUCCGUCAGCGACCGCAAAUACAUCAAUGUACUUCUCCGAGGUCGACUGUGUUGCUAUGGAAGACUCUGCGCUGAAUAUUGUCCGCGUAGUCAACGUUAACAGCAGAGACGGCAAUGGUGGUCGAUGGAAUAUCAACGGAACCGAUCGUCAGUGUAAAUGGUCUGUGAAUAUGGGUAUCGCUGGCACAUACAGUGCAUACCUCCAGACUUUCCCCAUCUUUGGAUGCAGAGAGGAUCCGUCGACCUCGUCCUCAAGCCGCCUGAUCGUCGUCGGCGCUCCUCGAGUGGAGAACUUCAACAAAUCGGUGCCCACAGUACUCAGUUGCAUGCCAUCUUAUUGGACUGCUUCCGGACGCUUGAGCCUCAGUCUUGAGACAGAUUUUCGUGAUCCCGUGCUUGGCUUUGCAGAAGAGUCACGCGGGAUAUUGAAGCCACAGUGGUGGGAGUCGCUUGAGACACAGCUCAAUCAGGUCCAGUCUGUUGACACAACUUUGAACGGUGGAUCCACGGCAGUCUCUGCCACAACGCUUGGCCGUUUGAUUCUUGACAACGCACAUGAGUUGUCCAGUGGCCAACAGUAUGAUGGCAAGGUGUUGACUGCUGCUACGCGCCAGGUCUUUGCCCACACUUAUGCAACUCUGGUCACACAGUUCAUGAUCCAACCCUCGACCCCAACAAACGUUCAGCUGGACUUGACAACUACUACCAACCGACUAUUCGUCGACGAAGUAGUGACUGGAGUGGUCCUCGGCCUUAUGUUGGUAGCGGCGGGAGUGUUGUCGUUUGCUUACUUCUAUGGAAAGACACCAUCAGUGCUCUUUGAAGAGCCCAUAGGCCUUCUGGGAUAUGCUGGAGUUUUGGCCAGAAGUACGGUCAAUUGGCUAGUCCUCGCAAACCGCGAGGCCCAAGACUAUUGUGGUGAGACAACAAGCAACAUCAUGCAGCUCAUUACCAAGAGGCCUGGUCCCCAAGCACGAUUCGCGAUGGUUGACGAGGCGAAUCCGGUGGAAGCUCGUAUCCAGUUACGAAUACCUCCAUGCCGGAGUGGCCAUGAAGCGGCAAAAGAAUCCUCUGCACCCGGAAAUAUCUUGGAUAGGGCCCUUGAGGUACAGGAUCAAGCGUCUUUGGCCAUAGUGAAAGCUUUGCCGGAAGUAGCAGCUCGGAGUGAUCCUCUUGAUCAAAGCCGCGAGGGGCCUGAUGAGGCAACGCGAACGGCCCUUCAACGAAUGACCAUCCAUCUGAGACAAGGUCGGUGUUGGAUGGGGACGCGGAGAGCAGGUCAGAACGAUCUUCUUCGCAAGUCUCGCGUGAGGAUCAAGAGUAAGGGAGGUACUACUGACAUAGAGACUUGCCGAGUAAUGUCGUGA